CAGCAGCUGAGAACCGUAAACAUCGGUCACAAUGCCGCCGUUCGCGCCGCUCCAUCUCGCGUUUACACCCGACCAAAGCGUUUCUCAUGCAUGCAACAGGCAUUAGACUUUAUUAAAGAAACUACGGGGGCGUUUAAGUUUGUCGUUUUAUAUAAAUCGAUUAUGAUUAUCGAAUAUUGGGACGCAUGACGCGGUCGAGACGCACAAAGAGAGAUUAUGGAGUGAACGCGCGACCUCGAUAAUCAUCGUUAUAACAACAACAACAACAAUAAUAAAUAAUAUUAUGGCGUCUGUGAUCCGGACUUGUCGUAGUUUGGCUCUGUCCACCUGGCUGCUGUCCUUCUGUUUCGUGCAUCUGCUGUGUUUGGACUUCACGGUGGCGGAGAAAGAGGAAUGGUACACGGCGUUCGUCAAUAUCACCUACGUGGAUCCGGACACGGCCGAGGUCCGGACGGAAAAGACGGAGUGCGGCCGUUAUGGGGAGCACUCGCUCAAACGCGAGGCCAGAGGCGUGUUGGCGAUGCCCGCCGCGACGCAGGACAGACACGCGUGCGACCCGAACACCAGAUUUACGCCGCGCGGACACGGCGCGUGGAUUGCGCUCAUCGGCACGGGGAACUGCACGUUCAAAGAUAAAAUCAGACACGCCGUUGGACACAACGCAUCAGCUGUGGUCAUCUUCAACGUAGGGUCUCUCAACCCUAAUGAGACCAUAACCAUGCCGCAUCCAGGCAUAAGUGAUGUGGUCGCCAUCAUGAUUCCUGAGCCGAAGGGCCGUGAGUUGGUUCUGCUCUUGGAGAGGAACAUCACCGUUCACAUGCACAUCACCAUAGGAACACGAAACCUCCAGAAAUACGUCAGCCGCACCUCUGUGGUGUUCGUCUCCAUCUCCUUCAUCGUCCUCAUGAUCAUCUCGCUGGCCUGGCUCGUAUUUUACUACAUCCAGCGGUUCAGAUAUGCCAAUGCCAGGGACCGCAACCAGAGGAGAUUGGGGGAUGCGGCCAAAAAAGCCAUCAGCCAGUUACAAGUGCGAACCAUCAGGAAAGGCGAUCAGGAAACGGAGAGUGAUUUUGAUAACUGUGCCGUGUGUAUCGAGGGUUAUAAACCAAAUGACGUAGUGAGAAUCUUACCCUGCAGGCAUCUCUUUCAUAAAGGCUGCGUUGACCCGUGGUUGGUGGACCAUCGUACUUGUCCCAUGUGUAAAAUGAACAUCCUCAAAGCUCUCGGCCUUACGUCAAGUGCAGAGUGUUUAAAUGAACUUCCUAUGGACUACGAACUUGCUGUUGGGGGCGUGGCUCUCAACGCCAUGUUGAUGAGCGAUGAUGUCAUGACCGGGGAUGUCACCAGGGGGCGGGACCCUGGUGUCAGGAUGGUGGGUCUCCCUCAGGUCCUACUGGACUCAGAGCCACUGUCCCAGGACACCUUACCAACUGAACAAAGUGAGCUACAACCAUUAGCCAGUUGCAGUUCAGAGGGGUCGCUCGCUACAGGGGCGGGGCAUUCGGACAUUGAUACUCCCUCUGAAGAGCCCAAGUGCUAAUCUAGCCACACCCCAUGCUAUGGAUAUGUAGUUUGGGUUGCCCACAGCAAAUGGAGCAGGUGACAACGGUGACAGAAGGAUUGAAUGGGCUUACAUUUUGGCCAGUGACUCACAAUAUAUAACUCACUGCCCCUGAAAAAUUAUUUUCAUCUUUUCUUCCUUUCUAUCUCUCUGAAAAACAGGGUAAAACUAUGUUCCCGCUCUUAAACGAUAGGCCAUUAUAGAGCCCACUAGAGUGUGAAGCACGUAUCGGCAAACAAUCCGUUCUGCUCUGCUCGACAAUCCAACCAUAAAUCUCCUGUCAUUCCUACCGUUGCAAUUAUCGCUGCCUGUAUUACCGAUUUCUCUGAUCCUAGCGCAGAGAACAGAACACGUUAAAGUCUAUUUUGAAUCUGAAAAAAGGUGGUUUAUUUUUCUAUACAGAUGCGUUUGAUGUGCUUGAGUUGUGUAGUAUUAAAAUGGUGUCAGUAUUUAGACGCCCUCUUCGAGGAAGACGUCCGGGUCCUGGAUUUGGCCCUCACCAAAGACGCCAGACCAGAGUGUGUGAUUCGGGACAUUGUUGAAUUCAAAUGGGGGAGAAAAAGUGUGGAACUUUUUAGGAAAUGCUCUUUUGAAUUCUGUGGACCAGGACAUGUGAUGAUUGCAUGCCACGUGCCCUCUCCAGUUGUGUUUGGACAUUUAAAGGGAUAGUGCACCCAAAAAUGUAUGUCAUUAUUUACUCACCCUCAUGCCGUUCCAAACCCCUAUGCUGUUAUUUUUUCCAUAGAAAACAAACAUAAUUUUUUUGAAGAAACUUCACGCAGCUCUUUUCCAUACAACGAAAGUUCACGAUGUCUGUCAAGCUCCAAAUAGGACAAAAAGUCAUAAAAGUGGUUAAUAUGACUCGUGCAUUGUAUUCCAAGUAGACUGUGGCAGGGCGGAGGGCGGGGCCGGGUCGUGAUCUUUUAAGUUUAUCAUUAAAACUAUUAUUUAUAUUGAAAAGCCGGUUCUCGCCCUCCUCCUUUCCAUUGAUCACUUUACACACAUGACGGACAUGUCCGUAAACGAUCUCUCUCUCCCGUACGAUCCUCUGCAGUCAGCCUUUAUCCCUCACGGAGGCAUAAUUAGCCUAAUAGGGGACCGGGUGUGUAGGAUCACGACCCGGCCCCGCCCUCUGCCCUGCCCCAUAGACGUAGGCCGAUAUAUCGGUUUUAGCGAUUAGUGCCUAUAGUCCCUUUUUGGAACUAUCGGUUAUCGGCAAAAAUCUGUCAAUAGUUGUUGGGAGUUUUUUAUCAUUUCAAAAUAAGAGUCCCUGGUGUGUUUUGGGCUUGUUUAUACUUAAAAGUGCCACGUAAUGCAUCAAACAAUAAUUUUUUUCUGGUUAAUAUUGGGAUUUUGGUUUCAUUUCUGACCCUUGUCCACCACAGUAAAGAAAUAAUAAGACAUUUUUAUGACAUUCUAUAAAUCGAUUUUAAAAACUAUCGGCUGAUUAAUCGGUACUAGCAAAAUCCACUUUUGCUCGACCUCUAAUCUAAGUUACCGCUAUUUCCUGGUUAGUGUUGUACCAGGUUUAACAUCAUUGAUGGCAAACGUCAUCAGUUCAUAAGCAAACACAAUGAGAAUAUGUGGGAAUGGAGAAUGAGAUUUUAGAGAUUUGGUGGAGUGAAUAAUGUCUUAAGUUUCAGUCUUUCUUUACACAAAACUGUUGUACGCCUUCAGAAUAUGUGGAAAAUUGUGAACGAGUCAUUAGGACUACUUUUAUGGUCCUUUAAUGGUGUUUUCUGUCCUUUUAGGAGCUUAAAGGAAUAGUUCACCCAAAAAUGAAAAUUCUCCCAUCAUUUACUCACUUACAUGCCAUCCCAGAAGUGUUUUAAUUUCUUUACUUUUUAGCUGAAAACACACAAAAGAUUUUUAAAAGAAUAUCUCAGCUCUGUAAGUCCUUCCAUGUGUCAAUGCACAUGAAUGGUGACUAGAAUUGUAAAUGCCAAAAAUCACAUAAAGGUAGCAUAAAAGUAAUCCAUAUGACUCCAGUGGUUGAAUAUAUGUCUUCUGAAGCGAUGCAAUCACUUUGGGUGAGCAACAGAUCAAUAUUUCAAUCCUUUUUCACUAUAAAUCUCCACUUUCUCUUUCACCUUCAGAAUGUGAAAGAAUGUAAAAAGAUUAAUAGUACAAAAGGACUUAAAUAUUGAUCUGUUGCUCACCCAUACCAAUUCUACAGCUUCUGCUGACAUAGAUUUUACUACUGGAGUCUUAUGGAUUACUUUUAUGAGAUGUGUUGAGCUGGAAAGAUCUGGUCACCAUUCACUUGCAUUGUGAGGAGCUACAGAGCUGAGAUAUUCUUCCAAAUCUUUACUUGUGUUCAGCAGAAGAAAGAAAGUCCACUUCUGGAUUGACAUGAGGGUGAGUAAAUAAUGGUGGGUGGACUGUCCCUUUAACAGUCGUAGUCACUAUGAGCUGUGUUAAUAUGCUCAAAAACUCUCCUUGUGUUUUCAUGUGUUCAUAGUGACAUGAGGGUGAGUAAAUAGUGACAGAAGUUACAUUUUUGGUGGACAGUUGCUUUAAACCUGUAACUUGUUCUUCCUCGUUUGGUUUAACUGUAUAUUGUAAAUAGGAGAAUACUUUUGUCUACAUGAGACCCAAUUGUUUUUGUCCUUUAUUGCCAAGUUUUCCAUCAUGCACUUUAUGUAUUUAGAGACUGAAUGUCAUUUGAUAUUGAGAAUAUGAUUUCAGUCACGAGUUUGUAUAUUCACACACGUAAAUGCACACAAGUUCACCUCCCAGGACACCAGUAAGCACUUGGGACCCACUUUAUAUUAGGUGUCUUUAACUACUAUGUAUUUAAGCAUUUGAUACAAUGUACUUAUUAUGUACAUAUGCGUUGUUGUAUUGUACUUAUAUUUAAAGUAUCUGCAUUUAAUUACAUCUGUAGUUACACUAUUAACCUUACACAUAACCCUAAACCUACCGUACCUCCACUUCAGAGCAGCAAAUGUGAAUCUUUUGAGAAUUUUGUAGAAUAACAUGUAGUUACAGAAUAAGUACAUGGUAUUGUAUGUAUUUUAAUGUUAGUACAUAGUAGUUAAAGACACCUAAUGUAAAGCGGGACCAACCCUUGUCCUUGAAUUUAACACAAUCUUAGAUUUCACCCUCAUAUAAACACAAACAUUCACAUACAGGACAGAUUUGUUCCCAGGGCUUCUGCCCUUUUCAUGGUCAAUACUUUGCACGUGUUUCAGUCAGACUGUUCUUUGAAUAUUAAUAAAUUGUAAUGUAAAUUGUUUGAGUUAAACUUUGUCCUUCUCAUUUACAAUGUUUUACAGCAUGUGUUGCUUCCCUGAUAGCACACAUGCGUCACCCAGACGUCUAUUUGAUGUGUUUACAUCUGUAAGACUUAUUUUUUAGGUUGUUUGUUCAUCUGCAAUACGUUUAUAAGACGUUUCGUGUCAGAUGUCAAUCAGACAUUCAGCAGAUGUUUUUGAGACGUUUAUAAUUUCCAAUGUUUGUCAAUCUGAUCUUUUUAAGAUGUUUAGCAGAUGCUGUCCAGAUGUAAAGAUCUAAAACAGACUUUUCGGAGAUGUACGUGUGAUAUUUGGGUUUGGUGUCACACUGAUGAUGAUGUUUUAUACAGUGCCACCACACACGGCAUGUGAAUAUCUAAUUCUACUAAUGAACGUUCAAAGCUUUAUAAUUGAUAGUUAAACCUUAAGUUUCUAGAUUUAUGGAGAAAGUAACAUGUUUUCUACAGUAUGUUUUGAUUUCGGCCCAUUUCUCUUCGUGUUUUCCUUCAUCUGAGGUCAAUAUAUAUAUACACCGGUGGCCAAAAGUUUGGAAUAAUGUACAGAUUUUGCUCUUAUAGAAUGAAAUUGGUUCUUUUAUUCACCAAAGUGGCAUUUAACUGAUGACAAUGUAUCGUCAGGACAUUAAUAACAUGAAAAAUUACUAUUACAGUUUGAAAAAACGUCUUAAACUACUUCAAAUAAUUCUCACAAAAUAUCCUCCACUUGAAGCAAUGACAGCUUUACAGAUCCUUGUUAUUCUAGCGGUCAGUUUGUCCAGAUACUCAGGUGACCUUUGACCCCACACUUCCUGUAGCACUUGCCAUAGGUGUGUCUGUCUUGUUGGGCACUUCUCACACACCUUACAGUCUAACUGAUCCCACAAAAGCUCAAUGGGGUUCAGAUCCGUAACAAUCUUUUCCAAUUAUCUGUUGUCCAAUGUCUGUUUAUUUGCCCACUCGAACCUUUCCUUUUUUCUGUUUCAAAAGUGUCUUUAUCUUUGCAGUUCUUCCCAUAAGUCCUCCUGAGUCUUCUCUUUACUGUUGUGCAUGAAACUGGUGUUGAGCGUGUAGAAUUCAAUGAAGCUGUCAGCGGAGGACAUGUGAGGCGUCUAUUUCUCCAACUAGAGACUCUGAUGUACUUAUCCUCUUGUUUAGUUGCACAUCUGGUCUUCCACAUCUCUUUCUGUCCUUGUUAGAGACAGUUGUGCUUUGUCUCUGAAGACUGUAGUUACACCUUUAUCAAGCAUUGUAUCGCCUUCAUUCCUCAAAACAAUGACGAGUUUCUUGACUGACGAGUUUCUAGAGAAAGCUGAUUCAUUUUUGCAAUUUUUAACCUAAUAUUGACCGUAAGACAUGCCAGUCUAUUACAUACUGUGGCAAUUCAAAAACAAACACAAAGACAAUGUUAAGAUUCAUUUAAUGAACCAAACAGCUUUCAACUGUGUUUGAUAUAAUGGCGAGUGAUUUUCAUGUACCAAACUAC